AUGAAACCCUCUUCUCUUACCCUGCUGGACCAAUGCGCUUUUGAAAACAUAAACAUUUGUGGAAUGAUACAGAGUUCCACUGACGAUGCUGAUUGGGUGCAUCUUAAAAGCUCUCCUGGCUCUGAGGACCAUACACUCAGUGGACAAUGCAGAGAUUUAGGAUAUACUAUGCACUUUGACACCUCCACUGGAAAUGCAGAGCAGUCUGGUCUCCUUGAGUCCCGCAUCCUGUAUCCAAAGAGGAAGAUGCAAUGCCUCCAAUUUUUCUACAAAAUGACAGGAAGUGUAAAGGACAGGCUAGUAAUUUGGGAAAAGAUGGAUGAUGGAACAGGAACCGUGCGUAAAUUAAAGAAACUCCACACGGUCUGGGCUGAUGAAGACAAAACAUGGAAGAUUGCUCAUGUGCCUAUGCAAAUAGGGGCAAAGUUCCGCUUUGCAUUCCAGGGAGUAAGAGGAGACCCCGCUAACUCUGGAGGAGGCAUAUUCAUCGAUGACAUCAGCCUGACAGAGACGCACUGCCCUGCCGCUGUCUGGCGCAUCCAGAACUUCUCGAGCAUCCUGGAAACAGCCGACUACAACACCGUGCUGAACAGCCCUCGUUUCUAUAGCCCUGAGGGUUAUGGUUUUGGCGUUCAAGUACGACCACUGUCUGGUUACUCUGAUUACACGGGCCACUAUACUGGUCUGUACUUCCAUCUGGCCAGUGGUGACAAUGACAUUGUGAUGCAGUGGCCUGCUGUGAACCGCCAGGCCACAAUAGUGGUAAUGGACCAGGAUCCAGACAUUAAGCUGAGGAUGUCCUCUGCUCGUAGCCUCACCACUGACAUGAGCACAGUCAAUGGAGACAAACUAAUAUGGGACAAUCCAAGAACUGUUGGGACCUAUGACCCAAGUUGCCAGUGUUAUCGAGGAGAUUCAGUGGGAUGGAGGAGUUUCAUAAAACACUACGACUUGCGCAGACGGAAUUACCUGAAAAAUGAUGACCUCAUUAUCUUUGUUGACUUUGAGGACUUAACAAGCCUGAUAAACAGUGAAGUUCCAGUUGCACCAAAGGUUUGA